GCCCCCCGAACAGGAAGUGGAGCUCCGGUGAAGUAUUUGAAGUCUUUUCCUCUACCAUCGUAUUGCGACGAGGACGCAAUGGGUCGGUACUCUCACGAACCAACAAAUGCCACCAAAUCGUGCAAGGCUCGCGGGUCAAACCUGCGUGUUCACUUCAAGAACACUCAUGAGGCCGCCCGUGCUAUCAAGAGCAUGGCACUGAGGAGAGCCCAGAAGUUCUUGAAGAACGUAAUUGAGCACAAGGAAUGCGUUCCCUUCCGCAGAUUCAACGGUGGUGUCGGGAGGUGCGCCCAAGCCAAACAGUUUGGAACUACUCAAG